AGGGUCAGUGUGUUUUCUGGUCAGUCAGAGCUCUCAUUGCAACACCACAGAUCUGUCCUGAGUGGAUUCUCUGACAUCUCUGCAGCAUGUCGACUCCGCAACUGAUGCAAGGAAUGCAGAAGGACCUCACGUGUCAGCUGUGUCUUGAGCUGUUCCGAGCCCCUGUCACACCUGAGUGUGGUCACACCUUCUGCCAGGGCUGCUUGACUGGAGUUCCGAAGAACCAAGACCAAAAUGGAUCAACACCAUGUCCAACUUGCCAGAGCCCCUCUCGCCCAGAGACCCUUCAGAUCAACCGUCAACUGGAACACCUUGUCCAAAGCUUUAAGCAGGUCCCACAAGGCCACUGUCUGGAGCACAUGGACCCCCUGAGUGUCUACUGUGAGCAAGACAAGGAGCUUAUCUGCGGGGUGUGCGCCUCACUCGGCAAGCACAAGGGCCACAAUAUUAUCACAGCUUCUGAGGCCUUUGCCAAGCUGAAGAGGCAGCUUCCCCAGCAACAAGUUAUCUUGCAGGAGGCACGACUAAAGAAAGAGAAGACGGUGGCUGUGUUAGACAGACAGGUGGCUGAAGUACAGGACACAGUGUCUCGCUUUAAGGGCAAUGUGAAGCAUCAGCUCAAUGCCAUGCGCUCCUACCUGAACAUAAUGGAAGCCUCACUUGGCAAGGAAGCUGACAAAGCUGAAAGUGCGGCCACAGAAGCUCUGCUUGUAGAAAGGAAGACUAUGGGCCAUUACCUGGAUCAGCUCCGGCAGAUGGAAGGAGUUCUGAAGGAUGUGGAAGGCCAGGAGCAAACUGAAUUCCUCAGGAAAUACUGUGUGGUGGCAGCAAGGUUGAACAAGAUUUUAUCUGAAUCCCCUCCUCCUGGUCGUCUGGACAUCCAGCUUCCCAUCAUCUCAGAUGAGUUUAAAUUCCAAGUAUGGAGGAAAAUGUUUAGAGCCCUGAUGCCAGCACUGGAGAACAUGACAUUUGACCCAGACACAGCCCAGCAGUACUUGGUGGUUUCCUCAGAAGGCAAAUCUGUAGAGUGCGCGGACCAAAAGCAAUCGGUGUCCGAUGAACCCAACCGCUUCGACAAAAGCAACUGCCUAGUGAGCAAACAGAGCUUCACAGAAGGGGAGCACUACUGGGAGGUCAUAGUAGAGGACAAGCCACGUUGGGCAUUGGGUAUCAUCUCUGAGACUGCCAACCGUAAGGGCAAGCUUCACGCCACUCCUUCCAAUGGCUUCUGGAUCAUUGGCUGUAAGGAGGGGAAAGUAUAUGAGGCCCAUACAGAACAGAAGGAGCCACGUGUCCUGCGUGUAGAAGGCCGCCCAGAAAAGAUAGGAGUCUAUCUCAGCUUCUCAGAUGGGGUGGUGUCCUUCUUUGAUUCAAGCGAUGAAGACAACCUCAAGCUCCUCUACACCUUCAAUGAGCGUUUCUCCGGUCGACUCCAUCCCUUCUUUGAUGUCUGCUGGCAUGAUAAAGGAAAGAACUCACAGCCCCUGAAGAUCUUCUACCCCCCAGCUGAACAGCUAUAACUGCCAGAGACGGCACUGAAGGGGUCUGUAUGUGAGCAAGGGGUAGGUAGCAGGCAACAAUGAACAUGCUCUCCUGUAAAGUUCUAGCAAUAAAAUCUAUGAACCCUACCUACAUCCCACUGAAGGGAGACAGAAGCUGCUACACUGAGGUGCCAACAUCGUCCCAAAAUCUCUGUAUAGAGCACUGUGCUCAGCGGGAAGCAGAGGGACUGAUACCAAGUGUAGUGUUUUCCUUUCUGCCCGACUAUCCCAUACUUUCAUACUCACACUGUUUGCGUUUAUCACAAAUAAACUAGUCACAAUAGUGUAAUAAA